AUGACAAUUAGGUCAUACUAUAUAAUCACAAAGCUGGGAGUCAGCCAUAGCCAUCAUAAUUUAGCCCACAAGAAGUUACAACCCAUUGCUGUUUCUCCAUUUGUCAUGUGGUUUGGCCAUGUCAGUACCAUCAACGAUCAUUUUCAAAGUUACUUUCUAAGGGCCAUUUCUUCGGGAUCUGUUCUUAUAGUAUCUGGUUGUAAUUUCAAGGCUUGUUUUCUACUUUUUAGAAUGGUUCUAGUGGCUACAUUUAUGUUAAGUCUGGUCGUUCAAGCUGCUGUACCAUUUAACUAUGGUAUGAUAUUGUCAGAUCCGAACAUAGGACUACUUUAUUUGUUUGCCAUAUCUUCGCUAGGUGUAUAUGGAAUUAUAAUAGCAUGUCGGUCUUGUAUCCUCGAACUCAACUAGCAUUUUUCAUAUAAGCAUCAAUGUUUUAUCUGAUUCUAGCAUAAUCAAGAUUCAUCUAUGCCCAUGGGACUAAUCUUCCAUGUUUGGCCAAAUAUCUGGAGGAAUUUUAGAAUUGAUUUCGCCAUUGCUGUCUGAAACUCUCCCAAUCUGCAUGGAGAUUAAAAUUUAAAAGGAAGCAUUGCAUAUUCUUUAACAUAUGAAAAAUUAUCGUAAGUUCCUAUUUUUGUAAAGUAUCCUUGUCUUUGGGAAAAAAAAUGGCAUGACGAAUCUCUUGGGAAGUUUUUAUAUUUUUGAGCUUCAAAGAAAAUCCUUUAAAACUAUUCUAAAAACUUGCGAGAAUACUCAUGACUUUUUGAUCCCUCCUGAAUGACAAAAAUAUGUUUGUGUUUUGUUCAUGUUGAAAUUAAUUGGUUAUACUUAAGUUCCUAGCCUAUACCAUAAGAAGUAUAACAACUCUUUUGAAAAAGAACUUGGAGAUUGAUAGGUUAAAUAUGGAAGAAAACCUAGGCCUCUUAAAGUUUGAAUUCCAGUUUUAGUAAUUACCAAUGACCGGUAUUUAAGUAUCAGUUCUUUGGUUCUGAAAUGAAGAGUCCUGGUUCCGUGGAGAGAAUGAAGUUCUAGAGGAAGAUUGUUGACGAUUCAUCAUCUAAGCAAUGGGAAUAUGGAUAGAAUUGACAUGUGAUAAUUUUGGUCGUGAGGGAAGAUUUUUAUGUGUUCUACAUUAAAGUCAAAAUUCGAAAACUAUUCAGCCCAUCGGAGAAGUUGAGUUGGAACUUGUUUAUUUUUUAAGGUCAUCAUGUUUGGAAAUGCAGACAUGUUCAUUUCUAUAAAUAAUUUGUCAACAGUAGGAACUUUUCAAUAUCUCUUUUGAUUGCAAGAAUUUCUUUGAAAGUGGAAUGGUAACGGUGUUAUGAAUCUAGGAAUGUCCCAUAUUUGUAACUGCAUACUCUUCUACUUCCGAUUUUCUCUUCAAUCAAAAUUGUUGCCUAAAUUUGUUUUAUUUUCCAUCAUUGAGAAGGCUGGAAAUCAACUCAUUU